AUGGCGUGGCUUCUGAGGCUUUUGGCCAGUGCCUGCGCGCUGCAGGUCGGAGCCGUUGUCGUAUGCCCUGCCACGAUGGCGGCAGGUGAGACUUACUUUUGCUACGCCAGUGCCACUGCCGGACAGGCAGCAUCACGGACCUCACCGAGGGCUUGUUUCAUGGCAUCAUGUUCUCCGAGGGGGACGACUGGAAGAAUCAUUGCGCCGGCCUUCAACGCCAAGAAUGUGGAGAGCUACACACCGGCCAUCACCGAAAUUGCCGAGAAGUUCAUGUCCGUGUUGGAUGCCGACUGUCGAGCAGAGGUUGAGACCAACUUCUCCGAGCUCCUGCCUCUGUACGUCGGCGACGUUCUUUGCAUGACUGCCUUUGGCGAAGAUCUCGGAAUGCUGCAGACGAGGGAUGGCUCCUUGGUGAAGGACAUUGAAAAGAUCAUGACCGGCAUCAACAGUCGGGUGGCCAGCUGGAUUCCCUAUUGGAAAUUCCCAUUCUUGGGCAGGCUGGAUGAAGGGGCACGAGCUUCUGCUCGCAUGGCGAAGAGGAUGGUGGACCUAAUGGAAAAGCAAUCUGGGCGGGGCGAUACGGUGGUGGAGAGGCUUCGGAAAAUGGGAGGCGACAAGUUCAGCCACGAGGAGCUCGUCAACAACCUCGUCGUCCUCUUUGCUGCCGGCACCGACGCGCCCGCCCAGACGCUAACCUGGGUGUUCUAUCACAUCGCGCGCCUUCCCGAGCUGCAGCGGGCGCUGGCAGAAGAGGUGAAGUCUGUGCCUCAAGGCGUUGUUUCUCUCGAAAAGCUGGAUUCGCUGAAGUUGGUCCAUGCCACAUGGCUCGAAACACUGCGGAUGAGCUCGGAGGCGACUGAGCUUCCGAGCACCGUUGAAGACGGCGGUCUGGAUGAGCUUCCUAUGAGCUCUUUGGCCUGGGGCAAGCUCGCUGGCCUGGGUGGAGCUUCGUUCCACGAGAAUCCUGAGACUUCCUCAAUCUUCUUCAUCGGCGGAGGCGUCACGCUGUCAUGGUGGGAUAGGUUGAAGGAGCUGUCCUCGGGCUCCUCGUUUACCCAGGGCGUAGAGUUCGUUGGGGUGGAGCGGCUUGGCAGGGGCUUGGAGCUUCGCGCCUCGGGAGAGGUCUGCGAGUCUACCUGCGACCUUCUGCACAGGACAAGCAAAACUGCGAGCCACACACCGCUGGAAGAUGCAUGCAAAGCCUUCGUGCCGGCACUGCCCGUCACCCUGCUGCUGUACUGCUAG